CUUCAACAUCUCACCCGCCUCCAUCUCCCCUUGCGCCGUCACGAAUCAUCGCCAUCGCCAAGGUGUCACAGAACUCUUCUUGGGUGGUCGCUUCCUCAUCGUCGCUGCACCAGUCGCCUGUUUGACCGGGCCCACCGCUUCGACCGACCGUAAACACCGCAGUUCCAGCUCGCGUGUCCCUUUCGCAAAGUCUGCUCUCGGCCCGCGUGACUCGACCCCCGACGCAGUCUCUGCAUCGUCGUCGUCCCUUCAGUACCUUGCUGUCAUUUGACUGAGGAUUCUGGAAGAUAAUAAUUAGCUGACCCAAGACGUGAUUUGGCUUCGAGGGCGUCGUGGUGUUGUUGGUGGCGAGGUGGACCAAGGACAACAAGAUCCUUUACUACUGGCCUCGGCCAACUGUACCCGUAUUUCCCUUUGCCCUGUUGACACCUGUUUCUCCUUCCAAGUACAAUCAGAAAAAUUGAAUAUUUCCGUUCAACCUGACCUGCGAGAGCACUUGGGCGUGCAAGACGAGGGAGAAGGAGAGAAAACAAAGGGAAAAUUCUGGCUACGGACCAGCAAUUCAUAUCUUCAUUCAUCAAGCAGUUCCUCGUGCGGCUUAUUUAGCCAGGCGUCUGUGCCUCUGCCCUGGCGAGGAUCGAUUCGAGUCGCCAAAACAGCUGCGACCUUGCAACGUGGUUCCUCGUAAGUAGAGGGAAGCCAGCACAGCACAGCACAACCCGCAGCAUGUCUUCAUCGGUGUUUUUCAAGUUCAAGUCCCAGAGGGAACCAACACGCGUUGAGUUCGACGGAACGGGCAUCUCCGUCUUUGAACUCAAACGCGAAAUCAUCACCAAGAGCGGCCUAGGUGAUGGCACCGACUUCGACCUCCAAAUAUAUACCGACGACAAUAGCCAAGAAUAUGACGAUGACACAACAAUCGUACCGAGAUCUACGACGGUCAUCGCCCGGCGACAGCCAGCAGCCAAGCCUGGGGCUGGCCGCGCCGCUCGUUAUGUUUCAGGGAAGAUGCCGGUGUCGGCCAAGAACGCUGGCCGUAAAGAGCAGGCUGCCAAAGCGUCGGCAGCAAAGCCCAGUACGAGUGCAAUCAACCAAAUGAACGCGGCCAUGACCGAGGAGGAGAAGAUGGCGGCCAUGUUCGCCGCCCAAAGUGAACAAUGGUCUGCCCAGCAGGAGGAGAUGUCCCACCAAGCGCCUGUCUUCAAGCCUGGAGCCAAGCGGCCAGCAAACGUCCCCGAUCACGACCCCCCAAACGGCUACAUAUGCUAUCGCUGCGGUAACAAGGGCCACUGGAUCCAGCUGUGCCCAACCAAUGACGACCCGGACUUUGACAACCGGCCCCGGGUCAAGCGGACAACAGGCAUUCCGCGCUCGUUUCUGCAAAAAGUCGACAAGUCUGUUGUCUUGGCUCAGUCCGAGGGAGACGAGUCGAAGCGGCCGUCUGGCAUAAUGGUCAACGCCGAGGGCGACUUUGUCAUAGCUGAGCCAGACAAGGCUUCGUGGGAGCAGUUCCAGGCUAAGACGAAGUCCUCAAUCGCCAGCAAGGAGGUGCAGGCCGAGAAUAAGGAGGUGCAAGAACGCGGGCUGGAGUGCUCCAUUGACAAGAAAAUGUUCAUAGAGCCUAUGAAGACGCCGUGCUGCAAGAAGACGUUUUGCAACGACUGCAUCACAAAUGCGCUUAUCGAAAGCGACUUUGUCUGUCCUGCUUGUCAGACAGAGGGCGUGCUGAUCGAUGAUCUGACCGCCGACGAGGAGACAGCGAAGAAGAUCCAGGACUAUCUGAAGGAGAAGGAGACGGCCAAGUCGCCGCAGCCAGCUUCCCCGACGGCGGACACCGACAAGGCGGACACCACUGAGGAAAAGCCCGAGGACAAGGAGGAUGACAAAACCGAGGACAAGGCCGAGGACCAGACGGAGAGGGCAGAGGGGAAGGAAGAAACAGAUGCAAAUGAAACCUCGGAUUCGCCUACGUCGAAGCCCGCCACUCCGGCCUCGCCCCCCAAAGGGCCCAAGGCACUUGUCCAAGCCAACGAUCAAAAGGAGACUCACCAAGAAGCCAACACUAAUCCGAAGAAGCGGCCCGCGGACGAGUUUUUGGAAAACCCCAAGAUUCCCAAGGGCCCAAAGGCGAUGCAAAACCAGCAAAACAUGAUGCCGAACGCCAUGAACGGCAUGAACAAUGGCAUGCCUAACAUGGGCAUGAACAACAUGAUGUUCAACGGCAUGGGCAUGAUGCCUAAUAUGAUGGGGAUGCCCAACAUGAAUAUGAACAUGGGUAUGCCAAUGAUGGGCAUGCCGAUGAUGGGCAUGGGGAUGAACGACUUUGGCAUGAACGGCGGCUUUGGAGGCAUGGGCGGCAAUAUGGGCUUCAACGGCAUGUCAGGGAUGAACGGCAUGAAUAUGAAUAACAUGGGCAUGCAGCAGCAGGGGCCCAACAACAUGGGCGGCAUGGGCGGCAUGGGUGGCAUGGGUCCCAUGAACGGAUUUCAGAAUGGCGGCAACUUCCCGCAGCAAAACAACGCGGGCGAGGAUGACGCUUACUUCCGCAAGCCAGUCAACCCGCACCGACACCAGAAUAAGCAACGGCGCGUGCGCCCCAGCGACUACCGCGAACUGUGAAGUGGCUCUGGGUGUCGAGGGGAGGAGGAGUUCUGCAUAUUAUCAUACUACCAGGCGCAAGAGCGGAGAGGCCACCAUGUAUGGGCUGGGCGUGGGUUGAGAGACCAGGGGUGCGGCAUAUUGUUUGGAUGUCUUGGGCUCGGCGUUUGGCAAGGGCUUACCACGGCCGAGAUCGUGUGUGCCCACAUGAGGGCGCCUCGCGCGAUGGUGCGCCUCCGGAGUCUUGAUUUGAGCAUGACGCCUCCAUGACAAUAAGGAGGCAUGCAUACAUAUACAUUUUUUAAUUCAAGCAAAGCUCUUGUACCAA